UUUAUUACUGCUUAUAAUUACUAUAUUAAAUAUCAAAAUUCGUAUAUACAAAAGUAUCAGUUAACCAAGGCUUUGUUAUUCCAAGCUGUGGUGGAAAAUUAUUCGUUUCAUAUCAAAAUGAACUUAUCCCAGCAGUUUUCGAUGAUCUCUACUGAAUUGUGUAAUAAUUUGUAUGUGAAAGGAUACAAUAAGUUAGCAGUUAACUCGCUCAUAGAUGAACUAAACGCUAAACCAUACAAAUCGGAACUUUUUGUAUCAAUACAGGACGCAAACCCACUUAUAAUAGGUUUGUGUGUUAACAUAAAACCAUCAGAUGAGUGUCUGUCAGCGAAAACUUCUCAUCUAAUAUGUAAAAUCAUAACAAAACAAAACAUACAGUUCCCCGGAGAUUCCAUAAGCAGAGCUGUGGGAUGGCAUUUACAAUGUUUGAAGACAUGUUCAGAUAUAAUACUCCCGGAUAUAUUACACAAUUUGCAGUGCAUACUGCAAUACAAUCCACUGAGUGGCACGCAGUACAUCAAUGAUUUCAUUGGGAAGGAUGGAUUCUUAUUAAAUGUAAUCUACAUCGAUAAAAAUAUUGUUUCAAAUGCUCAAAAUUCACUGCAGAUAUAUUUAAUGGCUUACAAAUGCAUUAUCAGUCUCUUGACUAUUGAUGAUAAUAAAUCUAAUGAAGAAAAGUCUAUCACAGUGGACACAAAGGAAAAUUUAGUACAAGUUGUUAUUAAUUUUCUAAUGAAAGGAUAUACAAAAACACAAGAUGAAUUUAUGUACUGCAAGGUAGUGAUAUCAGCGUUGCGAGUUCUUGCCCAUAUUCACUUCAAUGAUGCAAAUGUAUGUGUUCAGACACCGGAAAUUGUGGGUAUUUGUAGAUACUUUAUUCUUUAUGGUAUACUCAAUCAAAACAACAAACCAGAAAGAUUGAUGCCAGCACAACAGACUAUUGCUUCAGCACCAGUAAAACCCAACACCAAAGGGGGAAAGAAACAAAAACAAAGAAAGCAAAGAAACAAUGCUAUCGAAAGUCUCAAGAAGGAAAUACCUGUGUCUGAUCGUAGUUUGAUGAAAGAUGUAGAUAACUUCGAAAACAAUGCUGCAUAUAGACCUGCCAGUAAGAAUUAUUUGGAGCCCAACAAGAGUAAGGCUGUUUGGACUUUGACUAGUGACUCUGACAUGUCCGAUAUGGAGAGCGGUAGAGAGGCUAAACUCAUAGCUUUGAAGUCCAGAGUAAGACAGAGUGCCGCAAAUCUAUUCUUAGUUUUAUUCAAGGUAAAAGAAAAGAGGGAAAUUUUUGGUUACUGGUGGGCACUGUUUCCUGAUUCUCCAGAGCCUAGCAACUGGCUAGCUGAGCCUAACUCUAAGAAGACCCUAGCAUACUGUGCCCUCACAGAUCCUAUAGCUAGCAGUAGAGCUGCUGCGCUUAGUGUUAUAUUGGCCUUGCUGUCUGGUUCUCGACCUUAUUUGUCUCAGGCAGAAGUUUGCAAAAAGUGGAAUGCUUCGUUCAUUCCAUUCUCAGUAUCUUUAGGUAACAUAAUAAACUGUAUGCACAAGGUGCUAGUUAGUAUAUUGGACACUGAGCGAGGCCAUGCUGUGAUACUAGUCGCGCUCAAGUGCUGCGCAGCGCUGGUACAAGCCACGCCGUACCAUAAGAUGCAAGAGGGCUUGAUAACUGAACUAGUACGGGCUACUAGAAAGUUCUUGAUACAUAGAGAUGUGACAUUACAAGUUGGAGCACUUAUCACUAUUGGCUGUGUUCUAUCUAUUGACCCCAAAGUGCCAGAAGUGCUUAAAUCUAUGGAGAAAGACGCUUCUACCUCGUGUAAAACACAGAGCGAUGAAAACUCAGAUCUGAAUAAUUUAGACGACGAAGAAGGCUACUCUGAUGAUGAAUUUUUCGCCGAAGAAGUUAGCGAUAAGAAAGAAAAUGAAUAUUGCUUCAAGAGUUGGAUCUUGGAUAUAUGUUUCAAAAAUAUUGGAUGGCUCUUUAAAGGAAAUGAACGUGUGAGAUGUAUACCGUCCGCUAUACCGGUCGUCCUUGAAUCGCUGCAAGUUCUAUCGGCUAUAGCGUUCCACCACUUGUCUGAGUUGCUCAAACCACAUCUGACUCUACUAGCUGAUGUGCUCAGCGAAGUGUUACAACAUGAGCACCAAGACGUUGUAUUGCAAGCGUCGCGAACGAUCAGUAUUAUAGGCGACGCUAUACAGAAGCUCGAGCAAAUAGACGAACCGCCUAACCUCAAACACUGCGUGUACAUGUGGGAGACAGUACUAGGGCCGUUGUCGUCAGUGCUGCAACACGACGCGACGUCCGCCAAGGCCGUCGUCUGCGACUGUAUCGCGAACAUCGGGGAGCGGACCUUCAAGGAGCUACCGAGUCGCACGCAGAUGUUAUGCUGUGCGCUGCUGGUGGGCUCGUGUGGGGACGCAGACGCGGCCGUGCGCGCCGCCGCCGUGCGCGCGCUCGCCAUGGCGGUCAUAUACCGCACGCUCAGAGAGGACAUGUGUUUCGUGUGCGACUGCGGUGAGAACGUGCUGCGCGCGCUGGCUGAGCCGAGCGUGGUGGUGCGGACGAAGGCGGCCUGGGCGCUCGCCAACCUCAGCGACGCGCUCGUAUUGAACAUGCAGGAACCCGAUAUAGAUUCGGUCGACGAUAGCCUGCUACUACGGCUACUAGAGGUCAGCAUACGCUGCGCCACAGAUAAUGAUAAGGUGAAAAUGAGCGCGGUGCGAGCUCUAGGCAACCUACUCCGGUACAUAACAGAAGCCCACCUCCGUCAACACUCGCAGCUGAAAAGCCUCUGUGACGCGGCAGUAGAGAAGUUACUGGAUUGCGCGUGUAGAGUCACCAACAUGAAGGUGCGGUGGAACGCCUGUUACGCCCUCGGCAAUGCCAUGAAAAACGACGUUCUGUAUACCUGGUGCGAUGGAUGGCUGAGCAAAGCAUUCGAGAGUCUAUGCAAGCUAGCGCAAGACUGCAAGAACCUGAAGGUGCGUAUAAACGCGGCGUCGGCGCUGCGGUCGCCAUGGCAACGCGCGCUGUACGGCCGCCAUCUUGUGCCGGUGUGGCGCGCCGUAAUGGCCGCCCUAGAGACCGCCGCCAACGUCGACGACUUUACGGAGUACAAGCAUAAGGAUAAUCUUAUUGAACAGCUUUGCGUAACUCUCGCUCACCUCUGCUGUCUACUAAAGCCUUCGGACCUACCAGAAAUACUAGACCCCCUGGUCUUCCACUUCGACUGCGCGAAAUCCAUGUACGCGCAGCUCUACAAUAAAUUGCCACCUGAGAACGCGUCGUGCCUCAAAAUGCUGCAGGCGGCGAAAUUCGUAACCAUAGACCUAAUAGCGGAGACUGACACCCAGCAACAAGCCCUUGGAAUGUUACAGGAAAUAUUUAUUUGGGAUACGUAAUACUUUGACCAACAGUGACACAGUAUAGGCUUUUAAAAAAACUUACAAGGACAUUCUUCUUCUUUAUAUCAACCUUCGUAAAUUGUCAAUGCCAGAGGGGCAUUAAUUAUUAGGAUAUUGCGUGUGGAUGAUAUUUUUAUUGGAGGAUGUGAAAGGUCUAUUAUUAUAUAGGCUAUUGACACAAGUGAUAAUUCAUUAUUCGGUGUAACAAAAGUGAUAUUCGCUUGAUAUUGAUAUAUUGAUAGGAGAGCGUGAGUCGAGAGUGAAAAAAGGUGUUCAAAUUUAGAUAACCUUUAGAAAAUAGAAUAGACGGCGUUCUCGUUAGAUCUGACAUCAGCCACGCGCUAAACAGCCUUGUAGUAAAUGGCUUACAGUGCUCCCAAAGUGAUAAUGCGCAUAGAAAUUUUCGUAAU